AUGAUCCCGCAGGUCCAGGCGUUUGUGGAGGACCUGCGAGAAGCUGCCGAGCAGCUGCUGCAGCUGCUGCUGCUACUGCUGCUGCUGCUGCUGCUGCUGCUGCUGCUGCUGCUGCUGCUGCUGCUGCUGCUGCUGCUGCUGCUGCUGCUGUUGCUGCUGCUGUGA